GAUUAUAUUGAAGAAGGAAAACAGAAAGAGGAUUACAAAAAUUGUUGUUUGGAUUUUAGUCUAAUUACCCUUUUCUUUAUUCGGGGCGUGGACUUUUUUCUUUCAGCUCAAUUUCAGAUCCCGAGAACAAUCCCAGGAACUCGAACUUUUGGUAUAUUCCAGAAACGCCCCACUUUGAUUGAUUACUUUCACUUUCAUUUUUUCAUUUAUGGGUGACGAUGAAGAAGAACUGCCACCGUCCUCGCCGCAACCGCCGUCCAAACUUAAGCCCCGUCCCUUGAGGCCCACUAUUAAUCUGCCGCCACGGACCUCCAUGGAGUCUCUCUUCAGCGGUGGCCCGGGUUUGGGAUUUGGGUUUAGCCCAGGGCCGAUGACCCUCGUCUCGAGCUUCUUCUCCGAUCCCGAUGACUGCAAGUCUUUUUCUCAGCUCCUCGCCGGAGCCAUGACAUCGCCGGUGGCUGUUCCUCCGCUGGAGUCUGAGUUCAAAGGCCCUCCCGGUCUGCUCGAUUCUCCUGGGCUUCUUUCGCCUAGUCAAGGGCCUUUUGGAAUGACCCAUCAGCAGGCUUUGGCUCAGGUUACUAUGCAGGCUGCAGAAGCCUGUUCUCAUAAGCAAAUACAAGCAGCAUCUUUGUCUCCAUCAGUAGCACCCUAUGCGUCGUCCUUACAGCUUUCGACGACCUUUCUGGGCGAGAAGAUUAAAGAUCAGCCGAUGCAACCGUCAUUCCCGAAUGCUGGACUUGCAUCCAAAGAGGUACUGGAUAUCUCUCAAUCAGAGCAGAGAGUGCAAUCUUCUUUGUGUACUGUUGGUAGACCUGCUGAUGAUGGCUACAAUUGGAGAAAAUAUGGACAGAAACAAGUGAAGGGCGGUGAAUUUCCUCGAAGCUACUAUAAGUGCACGCACCCGAAUUGUCCUGUUAGGAAAAAGGUUGAACGAUCUCUUGAAGGACAAGUCACUGAGAUUAUCUACAAGGGCGAGCACAACCACAAACAACCUCAACCGAACAAGGGGGGAAAGGAUGUCGGAAAUUCUAAUGGAUAUUCAAAUCCUGAGAUGUGUUCUCAAGUUCAGAGUAAAUUGAACGAGCUGAAAGAUGUGUCUUCCAUAAAGAAUGAUCAAGAAUCGAGUCAUGUUACGCAUGAACAGUUGUCAGGUACUAGUGAUGGUGAGGGAGGGAGUGAGAUAGAGACUGGACUGAAUCGAAAAGAUGACGACGAGCCUGAUGCCAAGAGACGGAAUACUGAGGUAAGGCUUCCUGAGCCAGCAUCUUCUCAUAGGACUCUUGCAGAAUCCAGAAUCAUUGUGCAGACUACAAGCGAAGUUGAUCUAUUGGAUGAUGGCUACAGGUGGAGAAAGUAUGGGCAGAAAAUUGUCAAAGGCAACCCUUACCCCAGGAGCUACUAUAAAUGCACGACGCCAGGAUGCAAUGUUCGUAAACAUGUAGAGAGAGCUUCAACGGACCCGAAAGCUGUCAUAACGACGUAUGAGGGUAAACACAAUCAUGACGUUCCAGCUGGUAAAAUCAGCAGCCACAGGUCAGUCAACAGUAACGUUCCACAGCUAAAAUCACAUAAUAUUUCAAAUAAGAACAAUGAUCAUGGGAACUCCCGUCAUCAGCAUGCUGGAGUUCUACGGUUAAAAGAAGAACAAAUAACGUAGGUUGCUCUAGUUAUGAGCAAAAAAGAUCAUACUUGUCUGCCAGAUACUCUCUGCUUGUUUUAUAUUUCCCACUUCCAAAGCCAUACUUCAUAAAUCAAUACCAUUUUGCCCACUCCUUCAUAUACAGUUAAAAGGAAAUGAUACAUGAAGAGGAAUUAGUUUGUAAUGGUUAUUGUAUGCAAGUACCUGAAAGAAACAUAUUGUUUGCAUUCUUUUGUAAAUGAAUCUAUAUAUUAUUUAUUUAUGAUUGUGAUCCGUUCCAUACUA